GGAGUGGCUGUGAGCCGGGCUGCGGCAGCCUCUGGUCGCCUCACCAGCGGCACCAACCCCUCCUCCUGAGCCUCGGCCGCUCCCCUCUUUGCGGCGGAAAGAUGCCUUUAACCCAGGGGUGUGAAGAAGGGGGAGAACUAGCUGCCGGAGCCGCCCGCGCCGUCGCCGCCGCAGUUGCUGCCGUCCGUGUCCUUUGAAUCCAGAAAAUCACCCCCUCGCCAGGGCGUCGGGAGUGUGGGCGGGCGGCCGCGGUGCUGGUGUGGGGGAGACCGGGCUCUGCGCCCGGCGCGGCCCAGGCCGGCGGCCCAGCGACCACCGACAUGGAGCGGGCUCGGGCGGCCGAGUAGCCGCCGCUCCCGGAGCCGGGGGCGAGUGCCGCCCGCAGCUAGUCAGGCCCCUGGGAGAAGCGGGGAGAAAAAUGAAGAGUUUUCAUCGGAAUCCGUUGGAAAUAGGACUAACUGCAAAGCCUUAAAAAGAACGACCUCGGGAGGAGAAAGGGAAAGCCUCCUCCGAGGAAGGCUUGGCGUGCUCCGAGUCGAGGGGCUGCUUCAGGGACCUCGCCCCCUCCCUUUCCCUCCGGAGAAAUUGCCGCUGAUGCGUUUAUCCAAGUGGUGGUUGGGAGGAUUUGCAGCAGAAUUUUUGGUUUUCCCUCCCCCUUAUAUACAUUCUGGUUUUUUUCCUUCCUUUUCGAUUUUCCUUCUGCUUGGGAAGUGAAUUGCUGAUGCAGAUCGGACUUAAUUCAUUAAUGAUGCAACUGGAUUCGUUUCAGGAUUAUGUUGCACGAGUUGAAUUUUGAAUGAAGGAGAAGAGUUUUUUUUUUUUUUUAAGAAGUGUUGACUCUUUGGUUCUCAGUACUUUUUAAUUAUUUUAUUUAAAUAUACGAUUUAAUUGUAUUAUUCUUUUAAAAAUGUUUAAAAUAUAUUUUAUGGUAACUUUUCCUCAAAAUAUAUGUAUAUGUGUGAAAUAGAAGACGCUUCAGUUAAGUGAGGUUACUGGUGUGUUGGAUGUUGAAUUCAGCACCGGCAUUGCAUGACAGUUGUUUGAAUAACAAGUGGUUUAUUUUUAAAACCACACCUUUAAAAAUUUAGGUUCAAAUAAUCAUAGUCAAAAUCGGUUCAGUAAUUGAAAGAAAAACCAGCAGAAGUUGAAGCAAACAUGUCUGGAGAAGUGCGUUUGAGGCAGUUGGAGCAGUUUAUUUUGGAUGGGCCCGCUCAGACCAAUGGGCAGUGCUUCAGUGUGGAAACGUUACUGGAUAUCCUCAUCUGCCUUUAUGAUGAAUGCAAUAAUUCUCCAUUGAGAAGAGAGAAGAACAUUCUUGAAUACCUAGAAUGGGCUAAACCGUUUACUUCUAAAGUGAAACAGAUGCGAUUACAUAGAGAAGACUUUGAAAUAUUAAAGGUGAUUGGUCGAGGGGCUUUUGGAGAGGUUGCUGUGGUGAAACUAAAAAAUGCAGAUAAAGUAUUUGCCAUGAAAAUAUUGAAUAAAUGGGAAAUGCUGAAAAGAGCUGAGACAGCAUGUUUUCGUGAAGAAAGGGAUGUGUUAGUGAAUGGAGACAAUAAAUGGAUUACAACUUUGCAUUAUGCUUUCCAAGAUGACAAUAACUUAUACCUGGUUAUGGAUUAUUAUGUUGGUGGGGAUUUGCUUACUCUACUAAGCAAAUUUGAAGAUAGAUUGCCUGAAGAUAUGGCUCGAUUUUACUUGGCUGAGAUGGUGAUAGCAAUUGAUUCAGUUCAUCAACUGCAUUAUGUACACAGGGACAUCAAACCUGACAAUAUAUUGAUGGAUAUGAAUGGACAUAUUCGGUUAGCAGAUUUUGGUUCAUGUCUGAAGCUGAUGGAAGAUGGAACGGUACAGUCCUCAGUGGCUGUUGGAACUCCAGAUUAUAUCUCUCCUGAAAUCCUUCAAGCCAUGGAAGAUGGAAAAGGCAGAUAUGGACCUGAGUGUGACUGGUGGUCUUUGGGGGUCUGUAUGUAUGAAAUGCUUUAUGGAGAAACACCAUUUUAUGCAGAAUCUCUGGUGGAAACAUAUGGAAAAAUCAUGAAUCACAAAGAGAGGUUUCAGUUUCCAGCUCAAGUGGCUGAUGUCUCUGAAAAUGCUAAGGAUCUUAUUCAAAGGCUCAUUUGUAGCAGAGAACAUCGACUUGGUCAAAAUGGAAUAGAAGACUUUAAGAAACACCCAUUUUUCAGUGGAAUUGAUUGGGAUAAUAUUCGAAACUGUGAAGCACCUUACAUUCCAGAAGUUAGUAGCCCAACAGAUACAUCAAAUUUUGAUGUGGAUGAUGAUUGUUUAAAGAAUUCUGAAACGAUGCCCCCACCAACACAUACUGCAUUUUCUGGUCACCAUCUGCCAUUUGUUGGUUUUACAUAUACUAGUAGCUGUGUUCUGUCUGAUCGGAGCUGUUUGAGAGUUACAGCUGGUCCCGCUCCACUGGAUCUCGAUGUUAAUGUUCAGAGAACUCUAGACAACAACUUAGCAACGGAAGCUUAUGAAAGAAGAAUUAAACGCCUUGAACAGGAAAAACUUGAACUUAGUAGAAAGCUUCAAGAAUCAACACAGACUGUCCAGGCUCUGCAGUAUUCAACUGCUGAUGGUCCACUAACAGCAAGUAAAGAUUUAGAAAUAAAAAACUUAAAAGAAGAAAUUGAAAAACUAAGGAAACAACUAAGAGAAUCAAGUCACUUGGAACAGCAACUUGAAGAAGCUAAUUCUGUGAGGCGAGAACUAGAUGAUGCUUUUAGACAAAUCAAGGCUUAUGAAAAACAAAUCAAAACAUUACAACAAGAAAGGGAAGAAUUAAAUAAGGAACUAGUCCAGGCUAGUGAGCGAUUAAAAAACCAAUCCAAAGAGCUGAAAGACGCACACUGUCAGAGGAAACUGGCCAUGCAGGAAUUCAUGGAGAUCAAUGAGCGGCUAACAGAAUUGCACACCCAAAAACAGAAACUUGCUCGCCAUGUCCGAGAUAAGGAAGAAGAGGUGGACCUGGUGAUGCAAAAAGUUGAAAGCUUAAGGCAAGAACUGCGCAGAACAGAAAGAGCCAAAAAAGAGCUGGAAGUUCGUACAGAAGCUGUAGCUGCUGAAGCAUCUAAAGACAGGAAAUUGCGCGAACAGAGCGAGCACUAUUCUAAGCAACUGGAAAAUGAAGUAGAGGGACUGAAGCAAAAACAAAUUAGUUACUCACCAGGAGUAUGUAGCAUAGAACAUCAGCAAGAAAUAACCAAACUAAAGGCUGAUUUGGAAAAGAAAAGUAUCUUUUAUGAAGAAGAAUUGUCCAAGAGAGAAGGAAUACAUGCAAAUGAAAUUAAAAAUCUGAAGAAGGAACUACAUGAUUCAGAAGGCCAGCAACUUGCUCUCAACAAAGAAAUUAUGAUUUUGAAAGACAAAUUGGAAAAAAACAGGAGAGAGAGUCAAAGUGAAAGGGAAGAAUUUGAAAAUGAGUUCAAACAACAGUAUGAACGAGAAAAAGUGUUAUUAAUGGAAGAAAAUAAAAAACUGACAAGUGAGCUUGAUAAGCUUACCACUUUGUAUGAGAACUUAAGUACAUGCAACCAGCAGUUAGAAGAAGAGGUAAAAGAUCUAGCAGACAAGAAGGAAUCAGUUGCACAUUGGGAAGCUCAAAUCACAGAAAUAAUUCAGUGGGUCAGUGAUGAAAAGGAUGCACGAGGAUAUCUUCAGGCCUUAGCUUCUAAAAUGACUGAAGAAUUGGAAGCUUUAAGAAACUCCAGCUUGGGUACCCGAGCAACGGAUAUGCCCUGGAAAAUGCGUCGUUUUGCAAAACUGGAUAUGUCAGCUAGACUGGAGUUGCAGUCAGCUCUGGAUGCAGAAAUAAGAGCUAAGCAGGCCAUCCAAGAAGAGCUGAAUAAAGUUAAGGCGUCUAACAUCAUAACAGAAUGUAAACUAAAAGAUUCAGAGAAGAAGAACUUGGAACUGCUAUCAGAAAUUGAACAACUGAUAAAGGACACUGAAGAGCUUAGAUCUGAAAAGGGUAUAGAGCACCAAGACUCACAGCAUUCUUUCUUGGCAUUUUUGAAUACGCCUACCGAUGCUCUGGAUCAAUUUGAAGAUUCCUUUUCUUCUUCCUCAUCUUCACUGAUUGAUUUUUUGGAUGACCGCUCUCCAUCCUGUACUCCAGCUAGCAAAGGCAGACGUACUGAUCCCGUUGAGAACACAUAUGUACGGAAUCCGAACGUCAAGUUUUACAUCCAGUCAAGGUCCACAUCUCCUUCCACAUCUAGUGAAGCUGAGCCAGUUAAGACUGUAGACUAUACUCCACUUCCAGUUCACACACCAACCUUAAGGAAAAAGGGAUGCCCUGGUUCAACUGGCUUUCCAUCUAAGCGCAAGACUCAUCAGUUUUUUGUCAAAUCUUUUACUACUCCUACCAAAUGUCAUCAGUGUACCUCCUUGAUGGUGGGCUUGAUAAGACAAGGCUGUUCCUGUGAAGUGUGUGGAUUUUCAUGUCACAUAACUUGUGUAAACAAAGCUCCAACUGCUUGUCCAGUUCCUCCUGAACAGACAAAAGGUCCCCUGGGUAUAGAUCCACAGAAAGGAAUAGGAACAGCAUAUGAAGGGCAUGUCAGGGUCCCUAAGCCCGCUGGAGUGAAGAAAGGGUGGCAAAGAGCACUGGCCGUGGUUUGUGAUUUCAAACUCUUUCUGUACGACGCUGCCGAGGGAAAGGCCUCUCAGCCCGGUGUUGUAGUCAGUCAGGUGCUGGACAUGAGGGAUGAAGAAUUUUCUGUGAGUUCAGUCUUGGCUUCUGAUGUUAUUCAUGCAAGUCGAAAAGACAUACCCUGUAUAUUUAGAGUCACAGCUUCCCAGCUCUCAGCGUCUAAUAACAAAUGUUCAAUCCUGAUGCUAGCAGAUAGUGAGAAUGAGAAGAGUAAAUGGGUGGGAGUGCUGAGUGAAUUGCACAAGAUUUUGAAGAAAAACAAAUUCAGAGACCGCUCAGUGUAUGUUCCCAAAGAGGCUUACGACAGCACUCUUCCCCUCAUUAAAACGACCCAGGCAGCUGCAAUCAUAGAUCAUGAAAGAAUAGCUUUGGGGAAUGAAGAAGGGUUAUUUGUUGUGCAUGUCACCAAAGAUGAAAUUAUUAGAGUUGGUGACAAUAAGAAGAUUCAUCAGAUUGAACUCAUUCCAAAUGAUCAACUUGUUGCUGUGAUCUCAGGACGAAAUCGUCAUGUACGACUUUUUCCUAUGUCAGCUUUGGAUGGGCGAGAGACUGAUUUUUAUAAAUUGGCAGAAACUAAAGGGUGUCAAACCAUAACUUCUGGAAAAGUACGUCAUGGAGCUCUUACAUGCCUGUGUGUGGCUAUGAAAAGGCAGGUCCUCUGUUAUGAACUAUUUCAGAGCAAGACCCGUCACAGAAAAUUUAAGGAAAUUCAAGUCCCAUAUAAUGUCCAGUGGAUGGCAAUCUUCAGUGAACAACUCUGUGUGGGAUUCCAGUCUGGAUUUCUAAGAUACCCCCUGAAUGGAGAAGGAAGUCCAUACAGUAUGCUCCAUUCAAAUGACCAUACACUCUCAUUUAUUGCACAUCAACCAGUGGAUGCCAUCUGUGCAGUUGAAAUCUCCAGUAAAGAAUAUCUGCUGUGUUUUAACAGCAUUGGGAUAUAUACUGACUGUCAGGGCCGAAGAUCUAGACAACAGGAAUUGAUGUGGCCAGCAAAUCCUUCCUCUUGUUGUUACAAUGCACCGUAUCUCUCAGUGUAUAGUGAAAAUGCAGUUGAUAUCUUUGAUGUGAACUCCAUGGAAUGGAUUCAGACUCUCCCACUCAAAAAGGUUCGACCCUUAAACAGUGAAGGAUCAUUAAAUAUUUUAGGGUUGGAGACGAUUAGAUUAAUAUAUUUCAAAAAUAAGAUGGCAGAAGGGGAUGAACUGGUAGUUCCUGAAACAUCAGAUAAUAGUCGGAAACAAAUGGUUAGAAAUAUUAACAAUAAGAGGCGUUAUUCCUUCAGAGUUCCAGAAGAGGAAAGGAUGCAACAAAGGAGGGAGAUGCUGCGAGAUCCAGAAAUGAGAAAUAAAUUAAUUUCCAACCCAACUAAUUUUAACCACAUAGCACACAUGGGUCCAGGAGAUGGAAUACAGAUUCUAAAAGACCUGCCCAUGCCGGGUUUCCCUUAUCCAUCCCCUCAUCAUCACUCCGGUCUGAUCUCCUCUCCGAUCAACUUUGAGCACAUCUAUCACAUGACUGUUAAUUCUGCUGAAAAAUUUCUCUCUCCUGAUUCCAUAAACCCUGAAUAUUCCCCGUCUCUACGCUCUGUCCCCGGUACACCAAGCUUUAUGACUCUGAGGAACCCUCGGCCUCAGGAAAGUCGGACAGCAUUCAGUGGCUCGGUCAGUAUUCCAUCUAUCACCAAAUCCCGCCCUGAACCUGGUCGCUCCAUGAGUGCCAGCAGUGGCCUGUCAGCAGGGUCAUCCGCACAGAAUGGCAGCGCAUUAAAGAGAGAAUACUCUGGAGGAAGCUACAGUGCAAAGCGGCAGCCCAUGCCCUCCCCAUCAGAGGGCUCGCUGUCCUCGGGAGGCCUGGACCAAGGAAGUGACGCCCCAGCGAGGGACUACGACGCAGAGGACUCUGAUUCUCCGAGGCAUUCCACGGCUUCCAACAGUUCCAACCUGAGCAGCCCUCCCAGCCCCGUGUCGCCCCGGAAGACCAAGAGCCUCUCCCUGGAGAGCACGGACCGCGGGAGCUGGGACCCAUGAGCGGCCUCCGCUCUCAGACCAGACGCGGGAGCAGCGGCCGCUCUGGGCUCCCCUCCGCUCACUCACCCUGUGCUCUCACCGUCAUCUCCCCCCACCCCUGCCUGGAAGCAGUAGCAGGCGGGGACUCAGGAAUUCUGCCUCUAGGACUCGCAUCCACGCCCCGCUCGACCCAACAGCAACAGCCGUAAAGGCAGACUUUCAUUGAGCAGCUCAGAGUAAUACCGAUUUCAUUUCAUACACUUAGCAUUGCUUUCCAGAAUAUUUCACCCCUCUCCUGAAAGGUAGCUUAAGUAGGCAGAUUACACAAAUGUAAGCGAUAAGAAUAAGAUUAGACAGCCAUUGUUUUCACCGUAGAGUCUCGUUGUAGCCCUGAGACAGCACGUGGGGCUUGCCAGUGGGCCCCGGGCACGCCAAGCCCCUUCAGCACCACAGUGAAUGUCGACCUGAUCGUUGCCAGUAAAUCCCUGUUCACUAAAACGAUGCAUAUUUUACUACAAAAUAGAGUUUAACUAAAUACACAAAUGUAGAGGUUAAAUACUGACUGUAUAUAAUAAAAAGAAGCAUCUUGCAUUCAACAAAAGAUGGAUGCAUAUAUGAGACAGAGAUCAUUUAAUUUAAAGCAGUGUGUUUCUUGUCUGUUUUCCACCUAAGUAAUUAAAGGGUAGAAAGGCCUCCAGCGGACGUUUACAGGAGGAGAGUGAGAGGAGUGAGAAUUCCCCCUUAAGGGCCGUUCCUCACGCAGGUCGCA